AUGCCACCCCCGCCGGCGGCAACGGCGGCGGCGGCGGCGGCGCAGCACCUGGAAUCCUUCCUCCCGCGCCUGACCACGCUCUCACAAUACAAGCAGUUCCACGCGCGCCUCCUCACCUCCGGCCGCCUCCACUCCGACACCUUCCUCCGCGCGCGCUUCCUCGACCGCCUGGCGCUCUCCGCGCACCCGGAGGCGCUACCGCACGCCCUCCUCCUCCUCCGCUCCCUCCCGUCUCCCGCCACCAACGACUUCAAUGCCGCCCUCCGAGGCCUCGCCGCCUCUCCCCACCCGGCGCGCUCCCUCCUCCUCCUCGCCGGGCGCCUCCUCCCCUCGCCGUCCCCGCCGCCUCCCCGCCUCGACGCGCUCUCCCUCUCCUUCGCGCUCAAGGCCUCCGCCCGAUGCUCCGACGGCCCCGCCACCCUCCAGCUCCACGCGCUCGUCGUGCGCCUCGGAUGCACACCCGACGUCCGGCUCAUGACCACGCUGGUCGACUCCUAUGCCAAGUGUGGCGACCUCGCGUCCGCGCGGAAGGUGUUCGAUGAAAUGAUUGUGCGGGACGUGGCCUCAUGGAACUCGUUGCUUGCUGGGCUGGCUCAGGGGACUGAACCGACCCUCGCGCUGGCGCUGUUCCACAGACUGACAGGGAGCUUCCACGAGCUGCCGCCAAGGGAGGCACCCAAUGAGUUGACCAUCGUCGCGGCGCUUUCUGCGUGUGCACAGAUUGGCUCAUUACAGGACGGGCUGUAUGUGCACGAGUUUGCCCGAAAAAUUGGUGUCAGCGGCAACGUUCGGGUUUGCAACGCGCUUAUUGACAUGUACUCCAAGUGCUGUUCGCUGGGCCCGGCGCUAGAAGUGUUCCACUCCAUCAGACGAGAAGACCGGACGCUUGUGUCGUACAACACCGCAAUACAAGCAGUUUCCAUGCAUGGCCAUGGGGCCGAUGCACUGAGGUUGUUUGAUGAAAUGCCGACAUCUAUCGAGCCGGACGAAGUGACAUACAUAGCCGUGUUGGGUGGGUGUAACCAUGCUGGGCUUGUGGACGAUGGCCUCAGGGUUUUUCAUGCCAUGAGGGUUCCUCCUAAUGUGAAGCACUAUGGCGCUGUUGUGGACCUUCUUGGCCGUGCAGGCCGCCUGGCUGAGGCGUAUGAUACCAUCAAGUCUAUGCCGUUUCCAGCAGACAUCGUCCUCUGGCAGACAUUGCUGGGUGCGUCCAAGAAGCAUGGUGAUGUUGAGCUCGCGGAGGUAGCUGCCACAAAGCUUGCUGAGCUUGGUUCAAAUGUUGACGGUGACUAUGUGCUCCUCUCUAAUGUUUAUGCGUCCAAGGCGCGGUGGGCAGAUGUUGAUCGAGUUCGUGAUACAAUGCGAAGCAAUGAUGUGCAGAAAGUACCUGGCUUCAGUUACACUGAGAUAAGUGGUGUAAUGCAUAAGUUUAUUAAUGGUGACAUAGAUCACCCUAGGUGGCGGGAGAUAUACAAAGCACUAGAGGGAAUUGUGUCAAGAAUAGGUGAGUUGGGAUAUGAGCCAGAGACAGACAAUGUGCUUCAUGACAUUGGGGAGGAAGAGAAGCAGAACGCAUUGUGCUAUCAUAGCGAAAAGCUGGCCAUUGCAUUUGGCUUGAUUGCUACGCCACCUGGGGAGACCCUGCGGGUGAUAAAAAAUCUCCGAAUAUGUGGGGACUGUCAUGUAGUGGCAAAGCUCAUCUCUAAAGCUUAUGGCCGGGUGAUUGUCAUUCGGGAUAGAGCAAGAUUCCAUCGCUUUGAAGAUGGGCACUGCUCUUGCAGGGAUUACUGGUGAAAUACUGGCAUACUGUACCAUUGCAGGGUUAAUAUAGGCCAAAAAGGUGACCGGCUUUUGUGGUCUAAUACAUGGAUAGAUACUGAUAAUGAGCCACUGACUUCACAUGGUUAGCACUUCACAAGCUUGUCAGCAGAUACAUUCAUAUAACCCAGCUUAUUAGUGCGAAUUCAUGUGAUUCACUUUCCAUCUGAGAAGAAUCUUGCAACUGAAGCCAACCCCAUGAGCUUGAACUUUGCUGUGUGGUUAAUCCAUCCAGGUGUAUGGUCACCGAAAGUUUAUCAGAUAUUGCACCUAUAAGGUGUACGCUGAUGAUAGUUCGUACUAGUAUGGUAUUAGCGAGAACUUCCAGGUCUGUGUGGGAUUUGGCUCAUGAUAUUUUUUCCUUCCUGGGAGCUGAGAGAAAAUUUUGUAUUUGUAGAGCAAUUUAUUUUACAUUGCUUUUUAGUUUCUCCAAACCAGCUUGCAGUACCA